UUUUUUUUUUUCUUUUUCAUAUAUCUCUCUCUGUCUUUGCUUUGAAAAGUAAUCUGGACCGCGAACAAAGCUUUUUCGUUUUCUGGUUCGUUGCCGCCUUGCACGUUCCUUCUUCUUCCUUCUCUCUCCCGUCUUAUCUCUUUCCCCCCUUUACCCUAACCCUAAUUUUCUUCGCCGUCCUCUAUUAUCUGUCUAUCCAAUUUCGUUCCCAUAUUCAAAUCUCUCAGCUUUAUCUCCAGAUCUUUAGAUCCGUAAUUCCCUACUAUUGAUUCUACCCAAGCUUUACUCUUAUCUUCCUCGUUUGAUUCUUAUGAUUCCUCGUAUGAAUUGUUUCUUCGUAAAUUCAUCGCCUUUGGAUUGAAUUGGAGUCAUAAAUCAAUCUGUAUUCAAGAUCUAACUCAAGUUAGUGUUAAGUGUUGUGUCUAUUGUAUGCAAUCGUGUUGUGAUAUUGAAUCUAUUUCUGAUGGGAGAAGGAACUAUUUGUUUGGAGAUGCCAAUGGAAGAGAAUUCAUCAAUGGGUCAAUUCAAAAGAGAGCGACUUGAUGAAAGUAAUAAAGGUGAUCACUUUCCCAAUAAGAAACAAGCUAAAGAAGCUUCUAACGAUGACAUUACAUCGGAGAUUUCAAAUCCCGUCGCAUCUCCGGUUGAAAGCACGUCACUUUUUCGUGAUGUCUCUAGCCAGCCGGUUAAAUCCGGUUUAGGUGAGUGCUCCGGAAGUGAUUUUGGUUCCGAAGAGACUGUUAGUGACGAUGCAUCCGUAGCAGGUAGCUCACAAACAGAGCAGUCGAGUGAUGUUUUACCAUCUCGUUUUGUGUUGGAGAUUCCUAAGCAUCUAAGCUCGACUGGGAUCACGAAAAUCACGUUUAAGUUGAGUAAACCAAAGAAGGAAUUUGAUGAUUUGCCUGUGAUAAAGGAUCACACUUGUGACGUUGGUGUUGUGAAGAUGCCGAAGAAGAUUGUUGCUUUGAGCUACCCAUCUAAUGUGAAGAAGCUAUUGGAAACGGGUAUACUUGAAGGAGCUCCAGUGAAGUAUAUUUCAACCCCACCGGUGAGAGAGCUUCAGGGGAUAAUCCAUUCGGGUGGCUAUUUGUGUGGCUGUACAACUUGCAGUUUCUCGAAAGUUCUAAGUGCGUAUGAGUUUGAGCUGCAUGCUGGUGCAAAAACUAGACAUCCUAAUAAUCACAUAUUUUUGGAGAAUGGAAGGGCGGUUUAUAACAUAGUUCAAGAACUGAAGACUGCUCCUCGUGAUGUUCUCGAGGAAGUAAUAAGGAAUGUAGCUGGUUCUGCUCUGAAUGAGGAGGGCUUACAAGCUUGGAAAGCAAGUUUCCAACAGAGUAAUAGCAUGUCUGACCGGAACCAUAUCACGGAACAUUCCACUGUCAGUUAUCUUGGUUCUGGUACUGGUCCUGGUCUUGAUGAGAGUCAGAGCCUUACUCCAUGCUCUGUGGAGAACCAUUAUUUUCCAGAGAAAACAUAUGCAAAGGACACAUUAGAUGAGCCGAAGCGGAUAGCAAAGAAGCUUACUUCUCAUGUAUCUGGUACGGGUUGCCAUAAGAAAGUUUCUGAAGGAAGCAAUAGAAAGAGGGACAAUGAUUUACAUCGGUUGCUGUUUAUGCCUAAUGGGCUUCCGGACGGGACUGAAUUGGCUUACUAUGUGAAAACGCAGAAACUACUACAUGGUUACAAGCAAGGAAGUGGUAUAGUAUGUAGCUGCUGCAGCAGAGAGAUUAGUCCUUCACAAUUCGAAGCGCAUGCUGGAAUGGCUGCUAGACGACAACCUUAUCGCCAUAUCUUCAUCUCUUCUGGAUUGUCAUUGCAUGAUAUAGCCAUGUCACUUGCCAAUGGACAUGUCAUUACAACUGGUGACAGUGAUGACAUGUGUUCUAUUUGUGGGGAUGGUGGAGAUUUGCUACUUUGUGCUGGAUGUCCUCAAGCAUUUCAUACAGCUUGUUUGAAAUUUCAGUCUGUGCCUGAAGGUACUUGGUACUGUUCGAGCUGCAAUGAUGGACCUAUCUCUAGUAAAAAGGCUACUGCUACUGAUCCUUCUGGCAACGCUAGGCCUAUAGUUAUAAGACUGUCAAGAGUCGUGAAAGCACCCGAAAGCGAAAUUGGCGGCUGUGUGUUCUGCAGGUCCCAUGAUUUUAGCAUUGGGAAAUUUGAUGAUAGGACUGUUAUUCUCUGUGACCAGUGUGAGAAAGAGUACCAUGUUGGUUGCCUGAGAGAGAAUGGGCUCUGUGAUUUGAAAGAAAUCCCGCAGGAGAAAUGGUUCUGCUGUAGCGACUGCAGCAGGAUUCACACGGCAGUUCAGAAUUCUGUUUCUUGUGGGCCACAAACUAUUCCUACACCUUUGUUAGACAUGAUAUGCAGAAAAGACAGAGAAAAAGGAAUAUUUACCGAUAAUGGGGAUAUAGUCGAAUGGAGAAUACUUAGUGGAAAAAGUCGAUACCCAGAGCAUCUGCCUUUGCUCUCACGAGCGGCCGUAAUCUUCAGGGAGUGUUUUGAUCCCAUUGUUGCAAAGUCUGGCCGCGAUCUCAUUCCUGUCAUGGUGUAUGGGAGAAAUAUAUCUGGCCAGGAGUUUGGAGGAAUGUACUGUUUGGUCCUGAUUGUAAAUUCUCUUGUUGUUUCUGCUGCGCUGCUGAGGAUAUUUGGUCAGCAAGUUGCUGAACUUCCUAUUGUAGCAACUAGCCGAGAGUACCAAGGAAGGGGCUACUUCCAAGGGCUGUAUGCUUGUGUAGAGAAUCUUCUUUCUUCUUUAAAUGUUGAGAACCUGGUUCUUCCGGCAGCUGAAGAAGCAGAGUCUAUAUGGACAAAGAAGUUUGGCUUUACAAAGAUGUCUGACCAGCAAUUGCAGGAGUACCAAAAGGAAGUGCAGCUUACAAUAUUCAAAGGAACCUCAAUGCUGGAGAAGAAAGUACCUAAGACGACAAGUUUAUCAGAAUCAACAACUCUCAUCUCAUCUGAUCAUUAAAAGAUUCGUCAAGAUUUUGGUGUCCGGAUCUUUCCUCUUCUCUGUUUUUUUGUUUUCUGGAAGAUGGAGCAGUUUUUUGGUAACUUUUUUGUAAUAUUUUGUUUCUUUUUUUGAAUAUAGAUAGUAGGUUUACAAAGAAGUCCCAGAACAGUUCCAUGUUUUUGUAUAGAGACCAAGGAAAAGAAUAAACAGAUACAUAGAAAUAGAUAUAAACAGGUUCUUGGGGGUAGUUAUCAACCAGAAAAUAAUCAUCUUCAGUCUUAUUGAAAAGUAUUAUUUUGUUUUCUAAAAA